AUGAACGCGAUUACGCCCUCACAGGAGUGGGGCCACUACCUGGUGAGACACCGACUGCUUAUCGAGGAGAAAGGCUAUGUGGAGGGAUUCGUCGUGGACCCUUACUCCGAGAGAGACAAAAAUAUCGGCAACAAACGGCACUUCAGCAAAUCCAACUUAUCGAUCCCGUCAAAUAUAUCGAAAGUUCCGAGCAAGGCGUCCAGCAUGGUCUCCUUCCAGCGUUCCAUGAACAGCGUCGCCUACAGCAACGGAGGCCUUUCUGUAGACUCAGUACCUUCCAGGCUCACAUUGGAAUCCAACGUGUGA